GUACCUGGCAAUACGUUAUCCACUACGUUCCAGGGAGCUUCGAACACCUAAGAAUGCAUUAAUGGCCAUCACUCUCAUCUGGAGCCUAUCCUUGAUUUUUUCUGGCCCAUACCUCAGCUACUACCAAGAGUUCCAGACAGACAACCUUACUUUGUGUCAUCCUGUAUGGCAGAUUUCCCAUCGCAAGACUAUGGACCUUUGCACCUUUGUGUUCAGUUACGUUAUUCCUGUGCUCAUCCUUGGCCUCACCUAUGCUCGUACAAUCCGCUACCUCUGGACUUCUGUCAAUCCCAUCGACGACAGGUCUGAAUCAAAAAGGGCCAAGAGGAGAGUGACCCGUAUGAUCAUCAUUGUGGCUGUUUUGUUUUGCCUGUGCUGGUUGCCUCACCACUUGGUCAUACUUUGUGUCUUGUUUGGUUACUUUCCCCUCAAUAAUGUCACUUAUGCCCUCCGUAUUCUCUCCCACCUAGUGUCUUAUGCUAAUUCCUGUGUCAAUCCAGUGGUGUAUGCUCUAGUAUCUAAACACUUUCGCAAGGGGUUCCGCAAAAUAUUCCUUUGUCUUCUGUUUCGACAAAGGUCAGCCAACAAGGUCCAUGUGGUCCCUACUGUCCAUGCUGGUGUCAGCACACUAGAAGCAGCAUGCACGGAAGUGACCCAGCUCAGUGAGGGUCACAUGCAUUGCUCUGCCUGCUGCCAAGAUUCUAGAAGCACCUGGGAAGAGACAGAAAGGAUUGGAGAUAAGGGAGCCCAGACAUUCCUCCCAUUUAAUGCAACAUAG